AUGAAUUUCUAUCCAGUUCCUCCAGUGAUCCAAGCCGAGAUCUAUGCUCGCAUUCCGGACUCCCUCAGAUGCACUGGUCAGCCUACUGAGUGGCGUGGCGGGUCAGCGCUUCCGGCGUCUGACAUUUUCCUCGAAGGUCCCACUUGCGUUGCCGAUGGAAGUCUCUACAUAGUAGACGUCCCGUAUGGUCGAAUUCUCAAAGUGGAUGCGGAAAAGCAGGUGACGGAGUGCGUUCGAUGGGAUGGCGAGCCGAACGGGCUAGUGGUGCGAGAGGAUGGCUGCAUCGUGGUUGCAGAUUAUAAACAAGGACUUCUUCUAUUCGAUCCUUCUACAAAUACAAUAUCCCCAAUGCUUACUCGGCGCAACCUCGAGCGGUUCAAAGGCCCUAACGACCUGAUCGUCUCCUCCACCAACGACAUCUACUUUACCGAUCAGGGUCAAACGGGAAUGACCGACCAGACCGGCUGCGUCUAUCGGCUCUCACCCACGGGCAAGCUCGACUGCCUGGUCUCCAACGGAAUUUCCCCGAAUGGCCUGGCCCUCUCACCCGAUGAGCGGUUUUUGUACGUGGCCAUGACUCGGUCCAAUGCCGUAUGGCGCCUUCCUCUCCAUACCGAUGGGUCUACCACCAAAGUCGGUCUCUUCUUCCAGUCCUUUGGAUGUGCAGGUCCCGACGGACUUGCCGUGGACGAAGAGGGGAAUGUAUUCAUCUGCCAUCCCAGCCUCGGUUCGGUGUUUGUCGUGGAUGCGGACGGUAUCCCCAAGGCCAGGAUUGUAACAGCGCCAGGCGGUGGAAAGAAUCUGACGAACUGUACCUUUGGUGGCCCGGAUGGGAAAACAUUGUUUAUCACAGAUAGUCUCAAAGGCAAUGUGCAAUGUGUGCGGUGGCACUGUCGGGGAGUUCCAGCUUCGAGAAAUGUGAAACAAGCCAAGAUAUAG